ACUGCGCUCCCGCGGGGCGGGGGGGCCGGGGCCGCUCGCUCGCUCCCUCGGGCCGCUCCCAUGCGCGCUGCGCCGCCGCCGCUGCUCCCCGCGCUCUGCCUGGCGCUGGCGGCCGCCGCAGGAGCCGCAGCUCUUGCCCCUGUUCUUUGCCUCUGGUUUUGUUGGUGAGGAUAUCACAGUGAUGUCUGCAUUCAACCUGCUGCAUUUGGUGACAAAGAGCCAGCCAGUGGCCCUGCGAGCCUGUGGGCUUCCCUCAGUUUUCCGUAAUGUGUAUCACCAGAGAUGUACUACUCCAGAAGUCUGUUCACAUGGUCCAAAAGAAAAGAAAAGGUCAUGUAGGGAUAAAAAGGACUGUAAGGUGGUCUUUUCCCAGGAGGAGCUGAGGAAGCGGCUGACACCCCUGCAGUACCAUGUCACUCAGGAGAAGGGGACUGAAAGUGCCUUUGAGGGGGAGUACACACACCAUAAAGCUCAAGGAAUAUACAAAUGUGUUGUUUGUGGAACUCCUUUAUUCAAGUCAGAAACAAAGUUUGACUCCAAUUCAGGUUGGCCUUCCUUUUAUGAUGUGAUCAGUCCUGAUGCAAUUGCUUUCAAUGAUGAUUUCUCCUAUGGGAUGCAUCGGAUUGAGAUAUCCUGCAGUCAGUGUGGUGCUCACCUGGGGCACAUUUUUGAUGAUGGACCUCGCCCAACUGGCAAACGGUACUGCACAAACUCUGCUUCAUUAUCUUUCAAGCCAGCAGACAAGAACAACGCUGGAGAAGGCAGCGUUAAUGCCAGUCCUGCCCAAACAGGCAAAGCUGAGCUGUAGGAUGAAGCAAAGCCUGCAGAAAACUGUGUUGAUCCCACACAGCUUACAAGGAAUGUUUUCUAGUUUUCAAGUUGCCUGCUUUCUUAUAUCCUAAGAAUGUUCAAAUGUAUGAAAGCAUUUUGCACCAUCCUUCUUCUCCCUCACCUUUUCAGAACUGAGGCCUUUCCUGCCAGUGCAUUUACUGUAUAAUUGGGUUGAAAAAUGUAUUGACUGAGUCCACAGGUUUUCUUUUUUUCUUCUUUUCUUUGAGAUUACUUUGGGGAAUCUUAAAAUUGAGAUGCUUUGACAUCAUUAGUUAUUAGUUUCUUCUUAAUACUUUGUUACUCUAGGUUUACACACUAUUCCUUUUUUGCGUGGGAAAUGGAACUUGUGUUUAUCUCCAGUCUAUAGGAAACUUCUGGGCAUAAGAAAAUCCUGAAUUCCUACCACAUCUCUGCUUUGUUCUGACUUGUGAGGCAUGCAGCCUUUGGUCAUAUGUAUCCAACCAUCUCCCAGCAUCAGCCGCACCUUGCAAAAACUUGUAGUUAUGGCUGUUCCUUCCCAACCAAAAGAGAUGGAUGAGAUGUUAAAAGCAUCCUUUGGCUAAUUUACUGCCAAAAUUUCAAGGGUGUGGUUGAGAGGAUGUAAACAUUGUCUCAGCAUCUGUGUUUCCCCUUUGUUUUGUAUUUAAAUCAAGGUUUUAACUAUUAAGGCUCACUUUUGCAGGCUACUAAUGAGGCUUUGUCUGUUUGUGAGGCCUAUUCAACAAGUGUAACGCAAAUCUGAAUUAAAGUUGAAAUCUACAGGGGGUAAUUAUAUGGGCAAGUGCAGAGAUAAACUUGCAAAGUGAAGUAGAUGAAGGAUGACACUAGGCUCUUUAUUUUGUCGGUUGCUACAAGGAUUCAGAAACAUGACAGUUUCUGCUAGAGAGGAGUUUAGGAAUGAAUGCAGUAGAAAGAGGAGGACCCUCCUGACUAUCCAGUUUUAAAGAUUAGCUGGUCUGGAUGCAUAUUGCAUACAAAAUCCAGUCUUCAAUUUGUGCAACGGAGAUGUAGUGACAUGAGUGACAGUGUUGGUGUAGGAAAUUAAUUCAAAAAAAGUCUGUUACAGUUCCAUAAAUUUUCGUGUAAUAAAAUUCACUGUCCCAUGAGAUGUUUUUCACAGCUGCUUUUCGAUUUUUUUGAAUAACACUUAAAAUUGUGCAUAAUACUGUUCUUUAAGUUAUACCACACAGUAUUUGCUGCCACUUUGCCUUUAAACACUGAGAGACUUAAUGAACACAGUAUUUACUUCUACUAGCAAACUUUGUGACUAACAUGUUUGGAUCCAAUUUUAUUUUUAGUAGGAACAAAGCAACCACUGAUUUUUAUGGAAGCAGGAUUGAGGUUUUUAUGUCAGUGAUAAUAAACAUAUUAUCUAAAGUUCAAACAUCCUUCAGUUAAAAUGUAGCUACUGUGAAAGCAUAUGGAAUGGUCAUAAUUGCCUUUUUUUUUAGCAACAUUAGAAAGACAUGAAAAAACAUUAAAAAGGCAGCAUCUAUAAAAAUGUGGUACAUAAAUGUGGUUUAAUUCCAGAUUGCUGUUCGAUUUAAGUAUUAUCAAAUUUCAGUAUACUCCUGCCUUAUGUUAAAGAAAUAUUUUACUUAAGCUUCAGAACACAGUAAUGUAUGCUGUCCUACAGGAGAUUUAUUUUUGCAGGAUAUGGAAUGCAAUGAAAUGAAUCAAUAUGGUGAGGUGUAUGUGAUCUCUGGGAGUUAGAUCAUUUAAUAUAGGAAAUGCAUUGUUCUUGUGCACAAGCUAUAGCACAGCGCAGUUCAAGGUAAGACAGAUUUCCUUUAUUGCUCUUAGAAGAUGCUAGUAAGGGCUAGUAUUGAACCCUCCAAAUUUGGUUCAGUCUGGUGAUGAUCAUGACAGAGGAAACGUGGCAGCUGAGCACAAUGUAUAAAAUAAUAGAAUAUUUCUGUAUGUUUAAAUUUUGCACUGUCUAGAUGCUUAUAAAAGCUGAAUGCAAACUGUGUAGAAAUAGAAUAGAAACUGUGUAGAAAACUAUAUUUUCUUAUAUCUCUAUUUUACUCAGAUGUUUAAAUAAGGUACCUUAAAAAUCAUGUAAGUCACACAUUAUUUAUAUAUACUAUAUAUAUAUAUAUAUAUAAAAUUGCACAUGUUUUUUAUAUAUAUAUACGUACACACACAUAUAUUAUUUGAGGAUAAUUUUAGCCUUCUGUACCUUUAUAAUAACUAAAACCUUUCCAUAAGAGGGUUCAAUACUUUUAAGAAAUCAAAUAUACAUUUUUCAAAUCAAAUUUGUUUUCAUAUAUUUGCUGUACACAAAUAUAAAAUAAAUUUCUUUAUAAAUAA